AGCGCGUGCGUGUGUGGUUUGUUUCCCCUGCGACUCCACAGACGAACAGUGGAUCAUGAUCUCCUCCGCGAGCAGGACACCACUGUACCUCCGCUGACCCAGAACCAGCUGCUCUGACUGAAGACUGAACCGAACACAAAGAGGAAGAAGAAGAGAAGUGAAGAAGAGAAGAAGAAGUCGUGCAGGUGGUUCGUGUUUGUUGAAGCGGACACACAGACACACACAGUCCGGGACCUGCUCGUCUCAGCCGGCUUGGCGAACAGGAAGAUGUCGGUGGAGAGUUACUCUGCGCUGGAUGAGUCCUCUCUGCGAGCUCUGCUGGAUGGAACCGUGGAUCUGGAUGAGAGACGACUCAUCCGUUCAGCCAUCCGGGAGCUGAGGACGAGGGAGAUCGAGGACAUGGAAGCCGCUCUGGCCAGCAAGAGAUUUCGACCCACACGCCUCAAACAGCAGGAGGACAAGGAGAACCAGCACAGGUCAGAAUCGAAUGAAAACUUGGACAUACUGUCACAAAAGCUCCAGUCGAUCCAGGACAUUGAUGAGCUCACUAAAAUGCUGCGUGCCGCCGGCGAAUACGAGGAGAGGAAGAUGAUUAGAGCGGCCAUCCGACAGAUCCGAGACGAACAGCAGCAAGGGACUGUGGAGAGGGUUAAAGCUCCCGGUCGCUGCCUGGAUCCUGAGAGCGUGGAGCCCCAGGGCAUCAUGGGAAUUGGAGAGACGGAGAAUCACAGUGAUCGAGAGCGCGUCAGAUCUCAGAUCCUGGAGUUGCAGCACGGCCAGCAGACGCAGCAGAGCAGAGAGUUGCAGAGAAGAGGCUCCAACUCAGGCAUGGUGUUGGUUCUCGAUGACCUGGUGAAGGAGGACGGCCCUGGAGCUCUGCCGAUCCAGCCUCAGAGAGAGGAUAUGACCGCAGAGCCCGACCUGGUUCUCUCUCACCGUCAGAGGUCAGACUCCUCGUCUUCAGAUCGCAGCAUGGCCUCGGUGCUGUCCAGGUCCAACCUGGAUUCUGUGGCCUCAGAGAACAGUCUGGGCUCAGCCUACAGAGCCCGGCUUGACUCUGGAGCCUCCGACAGGAGUCUGGGUUCCUCUCAGCGUGCUCGGCUGGACUCCGGGGCAUCCGAGCAAAGUGUCAGCUCCCUGUCCAAAGUCAGACAGAGACUUGGCUCAGAUGUCUCCGACUCCGGCGUCCGACCCCGUCUGGGCUCUGGGGCUUCUGACUGUAUUGGUCCUUUGUCAAGGGAACGGACUGACUCCAGGACGUCUGAACUGAGUGUGAGUAUGUCGUCUGAGGGGAGAAGUCCAGGGGAGGAGGUGGAUGUGGCCAUGAGUGGUUCAUCCGACAGCACAGAUUCAGAAAGCGAGAGCAAAAGUCAGGAACCCGCCAGUCUCAACGCUCCGUCCAGCCAGGAUAGCAACAAUGAUGAGGAGCAGCCUGAUGGGGCCAAUUUAUCUCGGAGCAAACCUGCAAAUGGGCUGCUCAGUGACAGCAUGAAGGGGCUGAACGACUUCAAGAAACAAAAGAUAACAGAUAACAGGGAUCUUCUUCUCCCUCAUGACCAAGCAAAGGAUUCUGCACCUGAGAAGAAUGAAGCUGUAUUGGGACAAUUCUACAAGACCAACUCUGUACGUGAUCGAAUGCGCAAGUUCACAGAGUCCGGCCAGAGCCCGAGCAUCACACCUUUGAAGAGAGCUCCUGUGAGGAACGGCACGAGCUUCUCCAGAGCCACUGAUCGCUUCACACACACAGCAGCAUCCCUCGGCACAUCUGGAGACUCCACAUCUGUCGCAUCUCAAAGUCAGGCUGCACCUCAGCCAAGAGGAGGGGCUAGCAAACCUCUGUCUGCAGCUGACCAAUCGCUGAACUCCGUGGGUGGGACGAGGCAUCCAGCUGAAAAAGAUGUGCAUGCCUACAGUAACUCAAAGGAGGACAGCACCCAAGGGAGAGCAGCCGGACAGCAGGUCACCCAGGGAGAGGCAGACCCGGACAUGAAGACUUUCCUCACCAUUGAGAUCAAGGAUGGGCGCACCACCACCACCUCCUCUACAUCCACCCCCAGGGGCAACAUCGUCCCCAUCACCAACAUGACUCCACGCAUUGCCACCAAUGCAUUGGGGCAGAGACCAGAGUUGACCCUUGGCCUCAGAGCAACGCCAUUCAAGAUCUCCUCUUCCAGCCUCUCCUCUGGAUCAUCCAUCAAGAUCGAGACUGAGCCGGUUAUGGCCUCUGAGCCGGUGUUUUCAUCUGGACCGUCUGUCCAGGUGCCGUGUCAGGUCCCAGCCAUCCCCAACGGCUCCAGCGCUCAGGCCAAACCCGCCGAGCGCUCCGGAAAGCUGACAGACGAACAGCUGGCUGCCAUCGAGGAUGAAGAGCUCCUUGACAAAAUGCUCGAUGAGUCAAAAGACUUUGAGGAGAGGAAGAUGAUCCGUGCAGCCAUGCGGGACCUUCGCAAGAGAAAGAGAGAGGCCAUGCUGGGAUGCACUCAGGAGGAAAUAGACCAAAGAGAGAAGGAGCGCGAGACCCGUCUGCAAGACCUCCGGCAGCAGAGAGAGGAGCGUUCACAGAAAGGGCGCGCCGGGGUCGGAGCAGGAGAGAUGGUGAUGAGGAAGGUGGAGAAGUCUACAGAUGGCUCCACUCUGAGUCAAGUCACCAAGACGAACCGCUUUGCCCAGUCUGAUGAUGGGAGCAGGUUGUCUCGCAGCACUGUCAUGGAGGCCAGUUAUGUGCAGAAAACAGACAGAGGGACGGUCCAGUCCAAAUCAUACAGCUUCUCGUCUUCCUCUUCCUCUUCCUCCUCUAACACAAGCAAAAAAGUGGGCAGUGUCUUUGACCGCGAGGAUGACACAUCGGCUCGGAGCGGCAGCGGCGGUCUGGCCGCCAUGGAGCGACGGCAGGCGGAGAAACGCAAGGAGCUGAUGAGGGCACAGACUCUGCCCAAGACUUCUGCCAUGCAGGCCCGCAAAGCCAUGAUAGAGAAGCUGGAGAAGGAGGGAGGCGGUCCGGGAAACCAGGCGGUCGCCAAGGUAAACAAGGUGCAGCGUUCCACCAGCUUCGGAGUGCCCAACGCAAACUCCAUCAAGCAGAUGCUGCUCGACUGGUGCCGCGCCAAGACGCGCUCAUAUGAGCACGUGAAUAUUCAAAACUUUUCAUCCAGCUGGAGCAACGGCAUGGCGUUCUGUGCCCUCGUGCACCAUUUCUUCCCCGAUGCCUUUGACUACGACUCGCUGAGCCCCAGCAACCGCAGGCAAAACUUUGAGGUGGCCUUCGAUGCUGCAGAGACAUGGGUCAACUGCAUGCCUCUGCUGGAAGUGGAGGACAUGAUGAUCAUGGGCAACAAACCCGACUCCAAGUGCGUCUUCACCUACGUUCAGUCUCUGGUCAACCACCUGCGCAGAUACGAGAUGUCCAUGGGUCGGCCCUGUGACCUCUGUGUUCCGUGAGCGAGUGCCGUGCCACCCCCACCGGAUGGCCGUCUCCACUCUGGGCUGGGUCACAGAGUUUGUACAUCUCCAAUUGGACAAGUUGGAGAUAAUGUGUGUGUGUAAAUACGUGUGUGUGUGUGUGUGUGUGUUUGAGUGUUUUUGUGUGUCGGUUUAUCUAUGUUGGCAGAGGUGAUGUGUAUUCAAUCUUUCUGUUCUCCUCUGGACACACCUCCCUCACACUAGAGGGCGCUAAGGUUUUUAUGAGUUAGACGACAACCUUUUAAAGCUUUAAAAUGUUGAAAACCUUUUGUACUGAAAACACACCUUUUGUGUCAGGUGAUAUUUAACAUACAGUAGCGGUGUCACUAAGCUAGUGUACUUUAAAACACCAAGAGAAAAAAUAAUAUUUCAUAUUAUAUAUAUAUUUACAGUAUAUAUAAUAUGUAAUAUUUAUUAUAUAUUUUUAACAUUUACCAUUUAAAUUAUUUUAAGUGACAUGUUUCUCUGCUACACAUUUGUUAAAUUGGUCAUUUGUUAGCAUUGCUGUUUGUUAUUCCACUGAAGCAGAAAAAUACACCCAGUCCAAUAUACAAUGCAUUAUUUGGUUUUCAUUUUGGUACUUUUAAACUUUGACCAAAGUCUGGUUGCUUGAAGUAUUUUAAUUAUUGUUAUUAUUAUUCUUACCUUGACAUAACCAAUUAUCAUAGAACUAUUUAAUGCAUGAGCACCGGGUUGUUUUCUCUUCUUUGUUCUAACAGAUCCAACAUUGUCUUGCUGUUGUGUUUGAGUUCAGUGCCGAGUUUUCGUACAUUUCUGAACUCUGUAGUGCUACUGAGAACGUGUUUAAGUUUUUUGAACAUUGCGUCCCUCCUGUACUGUACCAUCAUCAGAUUCUAAAUGCUCGCAGUUCAACAUGUUUAUUUAAUUUAAUUGAAGAAGACCGUAGGAGUGGGUUUCAAGCUGAUAUCAUAGAACUGAACUGUAUGGUUACUCGAUGUUUCAUUCUGCUCGACUGGCAGCGUGUGGAACUGUCGUUUCCAUCAUCUACCAGCAUCACUGCCACACUUCACCCAACACAUUCACACUCAGCUCGUUCAGAGGGCUCCUUAUUUAUGCUUGGAUAGAUUUGUUUUAUAUAUAUAUCAUUUUUUAAAUGUUAGUGUGUACAUUUCACUUUAAAUAAAUGGUUUUAAGUGAGGUCAGUAAUCUGAAGCUAUGACCGUAUUUUGUGAAACAAUAUUGGCGUCACUUUGUGGUUCACAGGCCUGAUGAAAGCCGGCUUUCAAUUUCAACACGAGUAACCAAGACUGAACUUUUCUGCCAAGUGUAUAUUUCACGACAUGAAGCCAUGGAUUUUUAAUCUGCUUGUAAAAUAAAUUUUCCUUUUUUGAGAAAA